UUUUACAUUCUUACAGAAUUCCCUGCGGGCAUUUUACAAGGCGCUUUCUUCAGCAACGACCGUCCGAGGUACAUGAAUUACGGAGCAAUUGGUUUCGUGAUUGGUCAUGAAAUAACGCACGGGUUCGAUGAUCAAGGCAGACAAUUUGACAAAGAUGGGAAUCUGGUCGACUGGUGGGCGCCCCAAACGAAGGAGAAUUAUUUAGAAAGAGCGGAGUGUAUCAUUCACCAGUAUGGCAAUUAUACCGUCGAAGAUGUUGGCCUGAAUG